AUGGAUCCAGAGCUUUUUGACUGGACGAUCCCAAAGAGUGGAGGUCGGACGCCAACAGUCCUCAGAGGUAAGCGUGAUUAAUGGCAUCCCACAGGGCUCAGUCUUAGGCCCCACGUUAUUCCUCAUUUUCAUGAAUGACUUCGUCAAGGACCACGACUGUGAUACCAUCCUGUUUGCUGACGACAUAAAAUUGUGGAAAGUUAUUCGCAAUGCGGCAGACGAAGACCACCUACAAACAAACUUAAACAGGUUCGAGAACUGGCCGAAGCGCUGACUUAUGCCCUUAAAUGCGAGUAAGUGCAAUUUUCUUCAACUCGGCAGCUGCAGAGCCUCCAGCCCCAGGACUUACUUCCUUCAAGAUACGCCACUGCAAGUUGACAGUCGGAAGGACUUGGGUGUGUGGAUUACCACUUCACUCAAACCAACACUGUACUGUGCCAAGGCGGCUAAGUUAGCCAUGGCUACAUUGCAACUCAUUAGGCGAGCCUUUAUGGGAUUUGGCACUGGCUGCUUUUCCAAGAUAUUUGGCACCCUCGUGCGGCCUCAUCUAGAAUACGUCAUACAGGGGUGGAGACCCCGGACUUCCAAGUAUUAUACCGUCUUGGAGAAGGUCCAGAGACGGCGACCAAAAUGUCGAAAGGUCUGGGAGCACUGCCCCAUGAAACCAGACUGUCAACUCUCAACCUGUUUCCCCUUUCCUACAGACAACUACGUGAUGACCUUGUACCAAUAUUUCUCAUUAUAAACGGCCUAGACUGUUUCUUAGAUCCCAGUGAUCACUUCGCUCAAGCUGACACGUCCACUUUGGGUGGUCAUCGCCUAAAACUUCGCGCAGGUAAAGCAAGGAUCAAUAGACGAAAGUUCUUUUUCAUUAACAGGGUGGUUGCAGCGUGGAAUGCCCUGCCUACUAAUGUUGUACUGUCUUCCUCUGUGGGCUCAUUUAAGUGUAGACUCGACGCGUAUCAAGCUUCCCAGUCACAAGCCACACAGUUACGCAACCCAUCACCAACAUAUAUACGCUUAUACUACUUACAAUUGGAGAGUAGCCGUUAAUAAUCACCACCUUUUCCUCACAUGCUAUUAUGUACAAAAUCUCUUUUUCAACUUUCCACUUAUCAGUGCUUUUCUCAAACGAUUUGUAACCAGUAGGGAGUUCAAAGGCGCUUGUCUAUAUUCCCCUUAAUAAAACUGAACUAAAGGCCUCGUCCUGUCGACUGCACGUUAUCUGAGCCGUAGCCGAUCCCCCACAAAAGCUUGGUCAGAACUACUGUCACUACCGGAGUUAGCAGCACACUUUGCGCGCGUGAGUCUUAGACUGAACUGCUCCAGUGUGGUUGGAUUUUAUUGCCACCAUUGUUGUAGUCUUAUAUGUAAUCCGGCUCCCAGCACACACAGUAAUCCUUGAUUCAAACACACAGAAAAUUUACAAUGCUGUGUUGACCACAGUUGUCGGUAACAUUCCAGUGGUGUAGACAUGAACCUCCGUCCGCGACUGAUGCCCUGAUAAUGCACCAGACGUGGUCUGACAGGCGAACCUUGGAGACGCAGGUGGCGCCCACACUGUGUCGUGCCAAUGCUGGAAUGAGUGCAUUGUUCAGGAAGAGUUUUCGCCUCGCUGCAAGUGAAAUGCAAUUCUAUUUCUUCUAAUUCAGUCAGCCCACAUAUAUCCUACACGACUCACUGGUGGAGGUCUUGAUGUGCUGGUUUCUACAAAAGCCGCAGCACAUCUCAGGAUUCGACAUCGAAGAAUUUAUGUUAUAAUGGGGGAGAAAAUUCGAUUUCUUAGUCCCCAAUUCGACCUUUGGUUUUUUUCCAUUCCUCAUGGAAGGAACAAAGAUAGCUAGUUUUCAGGUGACUCUCGAUAGUCACGCAUGGGAUCCGUACCGGACCCCGGUAUUUUACGGGGCAGUUGGUAUGUCAGACCUGAUCUAUUCGCAUAGUUUGUAACCAAUAACCACUUGCUGGUCAAACUCGUGAGCCAAUUUGCUUCUCAGUUGGACCCCGCUUAAGGUCGCUCCACUAUUAGACACCCGAAAGCGUGCCAAGAAUCCAGCAGAUAAGCUAUCAGGAAAGUAUCAUCAUUCCGGUCUAGCCAGUUAAUGAGUCAAGGUUUGAUUCUCCAAGCGAGGUGUAUUUCCUUCUAAUUCUACUCCGUAUAAAGGGAUGAGAUGUCUUCCUAAAAUGCUCACUCCUCUCUUUAACAGUGAUCUUCUUAGGCUGAUGAAGAUAAAGAUGAGCCCUAGCCUGCAAUAACAAUAUUGUACACAGCCCGUUACUGUUAUCCCCACAUAUUGGCCCCCUCGGUUUUCUUGUCCUCAAAAAUCGUUACCUGCACUCUUCUCUUAUAUAUCUGCCCUAUCCAGGGUCAAUUCGUAGUUUCCGCAUCACCUAAUGACCGCAGAGAAAGAAGCAUCGAUCCUCGUCCAAUGUGAGACAGUUCCCUUCUCGGACUCAGAACACGCCCCAAUUGGUCGCAGUGGACAUCGUGUAGUUUUCAUCGGAGGUGAUCUCUACGUAGUAGGCGGCUAUGUCCAGUACGCCAGCGGCCUCCGCGUAGAGGCCGAGGUCAGUUAUGGGGCUGAAGACCGCAACUUCUGUGUUUUGCCUCUUUAGAUUUGGGCCUACAACGUUUUUGCCAGGAUUUGGCGUAAAGUCAGUCUUAAGGGUGGCGACGCUUUCAAAUUGGCACUCUCCACUGCAGGUAUGCUUGUUUUGCCGGCUUAAUCCCUCUCCUCCACCCUUGUCAAGCAAUCUCCCUGGACAAACAAAUCCUUAUAAACGGCGGGACAGGCGUGCCCUUCGGUGAGAACAUUGACAAUAGUCUUGUUAAGGUGGACCUGGUGAAUGAAACCUGUACCUCGUACCCUUGCAAGCCGAAAAACGGUGAUCCGAACAAUAUGCCACAAGCCACUUAUGGACAUGUGGGUUUGUCAGCCACCCUGCACUUCUCUUUCCUGUUACUGCCUUCUUUCUGUCGCCCUUUUAUUCCUUUACUCUCCCUCUCCUUCAUGCUCAUUGCAUAGACCAUAACGCUUGGACGAAUUGGGGGGAAAUCUGUGCUCUUCAAGGUGGGCGGCGCCAUGGGUUACACCUACUCCAUCAACAUUUAUGCCUACAGCUUCGCCGAAGGUACCUGGGAGGCACUGUAUAGGCGUGAAAUGGAUACUGAACGAAUGGUCACUGAGAGGUGAGUUGCCCUCCCCCUCCUCCUGACAAAUACUGUCUAAACUAUGGGAUUCAAAGAGACAGGCCGAGAUAGCCUACCCCGGGGGGCUAAAGCCAGAGUGGGAGAUAACUAAAGAUAUAAGGUUCCUACGGACAAACCGCAAUCAGACUCCUGGCACGACAGCUCGUGUAAAAGUUAAAUCGCUUCUACAAAAACAGCACCCUGCUUGAAUCGUUCCUAGUCACUUGCCAUGCUUAAAAAUGAAGAGGGUGCGACUGUAGCCAUGAGACACCAGAAAGCUGAGACUUCCUCCGUGGUCUUCAUCAAUGAGCCAGAACUGACAGUAGAUAGACUUUCUGGUAUUGUAUCCAGUCCAUAAAUGUCCUCACUUAAAAUUACCGAGUUUAUAGCACUGUCAGAACCGCGAAACCUGGUGUCAGCUAAAUCAUACAAUCCGGAUUGCAUUUCAGACUACCUUGCGGGAGAACUGACUGAGUCAUUCUCCAUUGCCUUUUAGCAGCCAGUAGAUUACGAUGAACUUCUAGAACCCCGGAGACCGCAGCUCAGGACCUCAAACCAGCAACUUCAGGUCAACCGGCCUAACGUGUCUUUGCUGAAAAGUGUUGUGACAAAUUUCCAAGCGAGAAUUGACUUCCUUUGUCGGGCAGAUUCGUCCUUUUAACAACACGACUUUCAUCAAGUCUUAACCAUAUCGAGGAAUGUUGAAUGUGGUGUCAGGUGGCGUGACCCGCAAACUUUACCUGAAAUCUCGAAAUGUCAUCACCGUUGACGGCUCGACCAUCGAUUCCGACGACAUCCACCGUGUGCCUGGGUGUGCGGAGGGACGGUGACUUACGCUUGAGUCAGUUUAUGAUGGCGGUUGACUUUCGCCGCACCUUCCGCACUCUUCCCCCCCCACUCGCCCAACUCAGUCCCGUGUCAAGACAGGUUCAAGAAAACUGAAGGCGACAGUGGCUAAACAGUGGGUCUUUGUGUGCCGCACGCCUUGUCCCCGUGCACAGUGUACCAGGUUUUCACACAAAAAGAAAGGGAGACGGCUCCAAUGCCACCUGGGUAAGAAUGUCACAGAGGCCACACUAAGGAGCCGUUGCUGCGUGACUUUCAAAUCAGUUGGCCGCUUCUCAAGCCACGGCUUCUGGUGCACUGCGAUAAUUAAAAUCUUGUCAUAUUGUAAGGAAUAUGCGCUGAGUGCUGUGGGGACGUAGUCCCGUGAGUCGACCUCGUUCUCUAUUCCCUCGUCCAGGAACCAGUCCACUGUCGGCCGUCUUAUUCGGAGAUUGUGUACGCCUUGCUUUUUCAAGCCGGACCAGAGCGAAAGGGGAAGAAAAAUGUUCAAAAAGGUUGAUAUCUAACCCACCGAGUGCUCUAUAAAGUGCUAUAAUGCCCAAUUAUGACCUAUGUCAUGACGGCCCUGAAACGCAGUUUAGUGUGCUCGUUUCGUGUCGCCAAUUACAGACACGCUGAUUUUCUCUCUUUAGGUACCGACACGAUACGGCUUUGUGGAAGGAAAAACUGUACAUAGUUGGUGGCGCCAACGCCGAUGGCAACCUACCCUUUUGGCCUGUAAGUAAGCCCGCUUAUCCACGCCAUCCAGCAGCCUUCCUGCAAUAUUUUAUUCUCUUCCAGAUGUUUUUAUUUGUAGUUCGCAUAUAUGUGCUUCUUCGCGGCCCAUCUUUAAGAAAUUACUAUUUCCUCCGAAAGUGGGGUGUCUGUAAAUUUGGGCACUCCUAUCUCCUCUUUUUCCGUCAUAAUUUUAGCCACAUCCAGUCUCAAUAUCUAA